AUGGAUUUCAAGAAAGAAAGAACAUUGUUAUGGCUUACACUAUUGAUACUUGAUGUUGUUUCAGGCCAAUUAACAAUAUGUCCUUCACCAGAAUUUAUACUUCCUUGUAUAUGUACCCACCGAAACGAAGACGUACAAAUAUGGUGCACACACAGCGACUUGCCGCAAGUUUCAAAAGGCAUUCAAAAAAUAGGUGAAUUUAUACGAAAGCCUAUCGAUGAAGUCAUCAUCGAAAAUAAUUAUUUACCGUCUUUACCGGGAAGAUUAUUUCAAAAUGUCAAAAUUCUUCGUUUAAUGCUUCGGCACAAUGGUCUAGAAAGAGUAUCAGCGGCUUGGUUAGAGUCUCAAGAAAAUAACUUACUAGAAAUAUUUAUAGUGGAAAAUGAUCUUAAAAGUAUCCCAUCGGAGAGUUUGAUGAAAUUACAAAAUUUGCAAGCUUUAACUAUACAAUCGCAAAAUUUAAAACGGGUACCAGCCCUUAUUAAUAUGCCAAAUCUACGAUACGUGAAUAUACAAUCAGAGAGCUUAAGUAAUAUUCACGAACGUAACAUCGAAAACCUUCCCAAUCUUGAGAAGUUGUUCAUACAAGGAAGUUUAAGUCUCCAUACUUUAAAAGAAAACGCUUUUUAUAAUUUGCCGAAACUUAAAAAAUUAGAGAUUACCGAUUGUGGAAUCAAUAUGAUUCACAUGAGAGCCUUAUCUUUACUUCCAGAACUGAGUGAACUAUCGCUAAGCAAUAAUAUGAUAUCAGACGCUUCGAUGAUCGGUAGAGCCACUAGAGACUUGCCUAUGCUCUCUAUAUUAAAUUUAAAUCAUAACAAUAUCAACAAAUUAAAUGAAGGGGCUUUUGUAGAUCAGCCAAUGUUAGAAAUUUUAUACUUGUCAAAUAACAAUAUUAAUAUCAUUCAUCACGGAUCAUUUCAUAGAGUACCUAAAUUAAGAGUAAUAGACUUAAACUUUAAUGACAUAAUAAAAAUUCACCCAGAAUCAUUUUUACAACAGUCUGGAAGUGGAGUUGAGGAGUUAUCUCUCAUUGGUAAUAAAAUCAUGCAUAUAUCAGAAUUUAGAUCUUUACUCGAAGCAUUGCCUCGAUUAAGAUAUUUAGAUAUGAGUGAUAAUUUAUUACAAGAAAUACCAAGAGGAGCAUUAAGAGGUCAUCCAAGCUUAGAACGCCUCCAUUUAAACAAGAAUAAUAUAAAGUAUAUUCAGGCAGAUGCGUUUAUUGCUAUGCCAGCACUACGAGAACUACAUUUAAGUAAUAAUUCUUUAAACGAUUUAAAUGAGGGUCCAUUUUGGAAUCUCCCCUCACUAAAAGGCUUAGAUUUAUCUAAUAACUACUUUAAAAGGUUACAACCGAAGCUAUUAUACAAUCUUCCAGCAUUAAGAAGAAUUAACUUGAGUAAUAAUCAAAUAACAAUAAUCGAUCCGAUUACUUUUAUGGAGACCCCUUUGUUAGAGUACGUUAAUAUAUCUGGUAAUUCCUUAAUAUCAGUACAUCCAGCAACUUUUCGUAAUUUACCAAACCUUUACGAAUUAGAUGCUAGUUCUAAUCGGCUGGUUGAAUUUCUGCCUGGGUUGCCAAGAGGCUUAGAGCAAUUAUAUCUACGAAGAAAUCAAAUAACAAAUUUGCCGUUACCUCCAUCUCCAGACCUAGACUUGCCUUCUUUAAGAACCCUUGAUAUAUCUAAUAAUGGAAUACAGAAAAUACCUUAUGGUGGUAUGAAGACGCUACAUAAUUUACGCAGACUGUUUAUGAAGCGCAAUGGUCUUAGACAAAUAGAGGUGUCUACUUUCAGUGAUUUAGAACGUUUAGAGUUGUUAGACAUAAGUGACAAUCAAAUUUUAAGUAUCCAUCCUAAAAGUUUCAACAAACUUGUACAUCUCAAACAAGUUAAUGUGCACGGUAAUAAUAUAGAGAAUUUUGACUUUAUGGCCAUUCAAAAUAAUAAUGCUCUGUUGGAAAUUGAUUUUAGUAAAAAUAAAUUAAAAAGCAUUAUUCCCAACACAGUCAACAGAGGUUUAGACGUUGAAAUUUUCAAUAUAUCAUCAAAUAACCUUCACGAAUUACCCAAUACAUUAAAUAUGUUAACAAAAUUAAAUGUAUUGGACGCAAGUCAUAACUAUAUUAAGAACUUUGAUGGUAAUAUCAUAAAUAAUAUACAAUCGUUAACUAGCAUAAAAAUGGACAGUAAUAAAAUUGUGGAACUACGUACAGGAAGCUUCAGAGAUUUAAAUAAUUUGGAAACGAUUGAUUUAGAAAAUAAUCAACUAGAAAUAAUCCACCCGAUGUCUAUAGCGAAUCUUCCUAAGCUAUUAUCAAUCUUUUUAAGCAGAAAUCAUAUUAUAGACAUACCAGAUCGAGCAUUUACAAAUCUGCCAAAAUUACGCAUACUUGAAAUGCAAGGAAACAGAUUGCAAUAUAUAUCGAUACGAGCAUUUGAAAAUAUACCGUUAGUACAAUAUUUGAAUCUGAGUAAUAAUCAACUGACCAAUUUGGAAAAUUCAGGUAUCAAGCAACUUGUGUCUUUAGAAGUUCUGGAUUUAAGUUUCAACAGAAUAACAAGGAUUACUAAAGAAUCAUUUCAGCUUAUGGAAUGGCUAGUUGAACUUAAUUUGGACAAUAAUCAUAUAUGCUAUAUUAAUAAUCAGCCAUUUGAUAACAUGCCGAGAUUAAAGAUUUUGUCUUUACGACAUAAUAGGUUAAUGUCCGUAUACGAAAUUGAUUUUGCAAAAUUAAGAAAUAAUAUCGCUAUUUUAGAUAUUGAUGGUAACCCACUUGUCUGUAAUUGUGCUAUUAUUUGGCUAAAAUCGUGGUUGUCAGAAUCAUCAUCUAUUGGUCCAAAAUGUGCUGAUGGAACAUAUGUCAAGGGAAUGCCCUUUUCAAAACAUGACUGUUUGAAUAUGCCUGUUGAUAAACCAGAUGUAAAAUCUUGUUUAAGUUAUGAAAAUGAACCACUGCUUCCAAAUCUAGCCACAUCACAGGUUUUUUCUUCUUCAGAUAAGAUUAAAGACUAUGACACACAUAUUAAAAAUAAUUACCAAGGUAAUAAAUUAAAUAUCAGGCCUUUACCUGAAGAAUCAGAAUAUUUCUAUGAUGAAUAUGUUGAUUAUCCCUACAAUGAAACUUUACUUGACCAUUUAAAUAAUGAGGUCAACCAGACUAAUAAGAUUCAAAGUAAUUUAGGUAAUACACCUACCCUUUAUGCUUCUAUGAAAAAUGCCACUAAAAAAACUGGUAUUGCUUUAAAAGUUCCGAUUCCUAAUAAUGGUUUCACAUUUUUUGGAGUUCCUCUUCCUUCGAUUGACAUGGGGAAAAUAUUGAACACAGGCCGUAAAAUAGAUUGGACAGAAAACAAAAAUAAUCAACAACAUGUCAAGAAAUAUCAAGUCACAGAACCACCCAGAUUUGAAACUGGUGGUUUCUCACCAAUGAUGCCUACUACAUCAAAUGGGUUCAUACCUAUACCAGAUCCUACAGUUGUAUCCCACACAAUACCAAGCAAUGAAGGUUUUAUGAGAAACCUUAAUUCUGAGAGAGUAAAUCAAAGUAUUCUAGCAGUUGAAAAUACAUCUCCACAAACAACAGUAAGUAAUAAUAUAACUCAAAAAAAAAUUAAGACUGAAAUACAUGAGUUAGAAGCCUAUCAUAACAAUGAUAAUAGCACUCACAUUGCAUACAAUAGAACCAAAAAUAUAGAAGAACAAAACACAGAUCCACUAAUAGUAAGUAAGUAUAAUUUAAUGGAAUCCAAUGUUACUAUUAGUUACACAACAGAAAAAGAAGGAAUUAUUACUACUGACACAACUAAUGAUAUAACUCUACAGGAAUGGCUAGAGACAAGUAGUUUGACACCUUUACCUAUAAUAACUUCCAAACCACCAGCAAUAAUUAAAAAUAUAGAAAGCCAACCUACAGCUCUAUCUGCAAUUCUUUUGCCAAAUACUGAUAUCAAUGAUUUUAAAAAUCAUAAUAGAACAGCAACUAUCACUAAAGUUAACUUACCACAUGCUGAGCAUUAUGAUCUUCAUAAUAAUUUUUCCCCAGUAAUUAAUCGAGAAGCUAAAACGAGAUUUUCAGAUUUUACAAGUUCUGGAACUAAUAAACCCAGACAUGCUGACAAUCACGACUGGUAUUAUAAAAAUUAUAAUAAAUCAAAUUUAGAACCUUAUGUAGCACCUGGUAUUGAAUCUUCAUCAAACUGUAAUAUAAUGAAAAAUUAUAAUUAUUAUAUAUUAAUGACUAUGUUAAGUUUAGUAUUCAUUGUGACCAAA